AUGAUAUGUUUGGAAGUGCAGAAAGAUAAUCAUCGAAGUACAGGGUGUGUCAACCUCGAUUGUCCUGGCUUUAAACUCGUGAAGGGGUCCCCCAUAUCUCCUGGUGAUAUCAUAAGUCCUGUCUCCGGUAUCAAUAGGAAAUGCCAAACGAUUACUAUUAGAGUGUCCAAGGAAAGUUCAAGUGGGGACUGGUGGUUGUACUAUGGCAUCAACGGUGUCCCAAUUCCAGUAGGUUACUUCCCAGCAUCACUAUUUGACAGCUUAUCUACAAAAGCCACUCAAAUCUCAAUUGGAGGGCAUGCUCGAAGUACUAGAAAUACUAUAGCUCCUCCUAUGGGAAGUGGAGCCUUUUCCUCUAACCCUGGUCAAGUUGCAUCUAUCCAUGAUAUUUGGCUCAUCCACAAGGAUGGUAGAAGCACCCCAAUUGGCAAUGAUGCACGCAGUAAAGUUACAGAUGGCAAGCUCUACUCUGCUUCACCCAUAGGAAGAGCUCAAUUCUUUUAUGGAGGCCUGGGAGGGAAAUCUUAGUGAGGUGGAUCUGAGGACAUAUGUAAUGCAAUGCAUGAAUAAGAGAUUGGAAGAAAAUAUGCUAGUUCAUAUA